CCCCCAUUCUCUCUCUAUGCUCAGACAGGGGGACAAAUCGGACUGUACCUACAUUGUACUGAAUGGGCGCCUUCGCUCGGUUAUCAGAAAGGAUGAUGGGAAAAAGCAGCUGACUGGGGAAUACGGACGCGGAGACCUUAUCGGGGUGGUAGAAGCCCUGACCCACCAGCCGAGGGCCACAACUGUACAUGCCGUGCGAGACUCCGAGCUAGCCAAGUUACCCGAAGGGGCCCUGACCUCCAUCAAACGCAAGUUCCCCCAGGUGGUGACCCGGCUCAUCCAUUUACUCGGGGAGAAGAUUCUGGGCAGCCUGCAGCAGGUGAACGGCCCCCUUACAGGUGAGCUCCGCCCCCUCCCCCUGCCAUCUGUCUGCCCCCCCCUCACUUACCUCAUUAGCCGAUUGCUGAGCUGGAGGUUUUAUCACUGUAACUGCCAACUCCCUGCCCGAGGGAAAUCAAUUAGCAGCAGCCAAGGGGCUCAUCCAUCGCUUGGGCUGCUUAUUGCCCCGGGCUGUGCCCGCGAAUGGGUUCCAGAAUCCUCUAAUUAUCUACAUGGGGGUCACAAGGUCAUUGUUAUCACUCAUGUAUUAUAAGGGAUAAUGUACCCC